GACCCACAGGACAUCAGAAAGCCGGCUGCACAUUGUUGAGAGCGAACCGCUACGGCAACAAAAUGGAAAUUACAGACGAUCGUGUUUAUGCCGCCGAAAAGAUUAUGAAAAAACGUGCUCGCGCGGGAAAGGCUGAAUAUUGGGUAAAGUGGAAAGGCUGGAGCCAGCGGCACAACACUUGGGAACCGGAAGAAAAUAUUCUCGAUCCGCGGCUCAUCGAUAUCUUCGAGAAGUCCUUACGCGGCAACUCCACGCUCAAGCGUAAGAAGAAAGCCGUAAUCGAAGAUUCGGAUGAUGACGAAGAGCCGGGACCGCCUCCGGUUUUGUCCACUCCGGAACCGGAACCGAAGCCUGAAAAGAAGGAUCCAGUGACUUCGACCAAGAAGGAAAAAGAGGAAAAACACCAUCAUCAUUCGCAUCACCAUCAUCACCACCACCAUCAGAGUGAAGGCGGAGGUGGAAGCGGCAAGAAGGAAAAGGAAAAGAACAGUGCGUCCAGUCCCACGGAUGGCCUGAAGCAAAGGGCUGGCAACAGUUCCAGCAGUAGCAGCAGUCCAAGCAUUCCGCCGAAGGAUAAAUCUUUGCCGGUUGAAGGUUCCAGCAUCAUCACCAAACAGGAGUCGCAAGCGGCGGUCACUACCGGAAGCCACGGAGCGCUAGGCGGAGCUGUAACCGGCGGUCAGCUUCCCUGUUUGAAAAUUUCGAUCAGUGCAGUGUGUGAGGACGAGCCGAAUGAUCAUGACACCAACUCCAAUUCGAGUGACGAUCAACCGCUCAGUCACAAGGAUCUGGCGGGCACUAAGCGAAAGGCCGAGGUAUUAUCGAAGGGUGGCAAGGUAGGUGUCACGAUAAAAACUUCCUCUCCCGACGAAGCAAGCGCAGGUCACUUGUCGAAGGUCCACCGGCUUGAAGCGACGCCGCUGGCGUGCUCAUCAUCCGUUGCACCGAUCAGUGCAUCAGCCAAACUCGAUCUGAAGCCCGCUGCACCACUUUCUCCGGACACACCCGCAUCGCGCCCGGAAUCGAACAUUCCUCCGGCCGAUGGCGGUAACCAGCCAGCGCUACCUGCCGCGGCCGUAGUCGGGCUGGCUGCCGAAGCGGGAGAUGAGCAGCAGCAGCCGCAGCGGGCCGAUGCGCCCAACAAUGAGCUGACCAAUGGAAAUGGAGGUGCCAACAUGAACAACAACAACAAUCUAGAGAAGCACGUUACACUGGCGCUUUCGCCCCGCUCGGCACCGCCGAAACUUUGGCUACCGAAAACACAGACGACCAAUCAGGUGUUUAUAACGGAUGUUACCGUUAACCUGGAGACGGUCACCAUACGCGAAUGCAAAACGGAGCGAGGUUUCUUUAAGACCCGCGAAAUGCAACAAGAAGGAGGAAACGACCUACUACACUAAUGCUGUACCGGGGGCGAAGUGGCAACAGGAAACAAAACGGAAAAUGGAGUCUGAUGAUCGUGUGUACCUGUGAGGAACUGAAUAGAAGGGAUCCGUUGCAAGUGUUGCUGUCAUGUUAACUGUUAGCUCCCCAUUUUACUACCAAAAUACCCCUUAUCAAGAAGGAGUAGGACUAAGGUCGCAUGUGACGAUCGUAUGUCCCGAAAAAGGACUCGGAAGGGAAGUUCGGCCAAAAGAAGCCAAAAUCAAACUGUAAAUAGUAAAGCGAAUACUCCGAACAUGUGUCGCUCGCAGGCCAAACGCAUCGGACGUUGAGCGCGAUUAAAGUACUAAUUUUCGAAAAUACGAUCGAAAGAAAGAAAGAACACGAGAAAAAAGGAGAGAGGACAGAGAAAGAGAGUGUCGUGCAACGUGAAUUGUACAUACCGAGCUGGGAACUGCACAAGGAUCUUAUACGACGCUAAGUUUGCGGUCGAGACUGCAAGAAAUCGAUACUAGAAGGAAGUCAUACUGAACACGGACAUCCGACAGCCUGCUAGGAUAGUAUCUACCCUAAAAAUGAUGUGUGUGCGUGUGUGUGCGUGCGUAUGAGUAAUUUUGAGGAGUGUGUAUGAUCAAAGUGGCAUCUAUUGUGUCAUUUAUUGUACGCCAGUUUGUGGAUUGGCAAACCUGAUCUUGUGAUGAUCAUCUCCGAUUGGUGCCACAACUAUUAAAUGGUCGAGAGAGAGAAAUUUUAAGCUUUUUCCAGCAAUACUUCUGUAAUGAGUUUUUAAACAGAGCGUGAAGAACGUUUCGGAAUUACCAUUGUAGUUGGUAACAGGAAUUGCUUUUAAACGUAUAAUGCAUUAUUUGCUUACUUUUACGCCAGUUGACGCAAACCAGAGUUUUGACUUUGCACUGUUCUUAACAUUCUGCUCGAUUCAGUCAAACUUCAUUCAAUUCGCAUCCACUACUGUUUCCACUGUGUUGAGACAGGAUCAUUGGGUGUAUAGCAUUAGUUAGUAUUAGUUUAUAUUGUCUUUACAUCUCUAUUGUGUACACCACCACUUCAGUAGUUCGUAAAAACGAGAACACAAAUGGUCAUUAAGUACAACUUUCAAUUGUAAUCGCAUUAAAAUGCUUUCAAAGUCAAAAAAGAUGGAGGCAAUGGACUUUUUUUAGUGUCCAAUCAUUCUAGAUCACAUUAUUCUCACCAACGAGCUUCAAAGUGUUUUGUUCUUUUCACCAUCAAUUAAUGUGCUAUAGAAGUAGCAGCUAAGUUGUUGUAGAACGCCGGAGAAAGUUCAUCGUGCAUGGAUGAAUUCACACGCCAAGAUCUAACUUAGUUGUACGUUGGUAUUUUAUUUACUCGUAAGCUUUUUGUAAUAUUAAAUUCGUUACACAAAAUUAAUUAUAUUUCGACUUUCCGGGUGCGGGUAACAUGGAAAUGGAGCCCAUGUCUCGAUCAAAAGCGAUCGUUAAACAGUCCAAAAGAAAUAUUCACCUUGUAUAAGUAAUUAGUUUUUCUACUGGAGAGCGGAAGAUGUUUAUUUAUGAUUCUAUUACUACCAAAAAUUGUAUCGAUUUUAAUUUGAGCUUGUAAGGAUUUAUUUAGGUACCGACGCUGCGGGAAAACCAAGAACGGGAAUUGCACGUCAGCAAAUGGAGUGAAGAAUCUAAGCUGUUUCGAAACACAUGUCUGCUGUAUUACUGCUGGUUUCGGUCGAUUUAUGUUGCCCACGUGCAGCGCAUUGUACGGAACACGAAAAUGUGUUUUGAAUGACACCACGGCAUCAAAAAGGACAAAGCAAUAUUGUCAUACUAUGCUUAUUAAUGUACUCGCAAGUUAGUCGAUGAUUUACGUAGUACGUGGCAAAAGCAAAUACAUUCACAAACCCCUAAACGGACAAAUCGGAAACAAACAAUAAGCAACGUAUUCUGUGCUAUUUAUACACUCUUACGUAAAGUAUCUUUCGUAGUUUGUAGAGUACUUGCAACACACAUCUAUUGUUAUCAUAGUUUAA